UUGCGCAUACGACGCGUGUGCCCGCGGAAAUAAAAAAGGAGUAGCUACCAAGUGCAGUGCAGUGAUGAGUGCUUCCGGAAAGAGUCUUCUGGGCCUGUGGCUCUACAGGAGCGGCGAGCAGGAGUGGGCCGUUAAGCAGGGUAGUCCAUUGCACCAGCUCAAGAAGGAUACCACUUCGGGGUCCUCGCACCCCAAUCUCGCCAGGCACUCCUCAGCUCCUCCAGAGCCUCCGAGGCUGGCCAUUGGAGGUGUCAGCCAGGAGGCCACCAGACAGCACUCCCCUGGCGAACGCAUCUCCAUCAUCUUCACCCUGCGCAACCAGGUGGGAAAUCUGGCCAGAGCCCUGCAAGUUUUCCAGGAGCUGGGCAUCAAUGUGCUGCAUUUGGAGCUCUCGCCGCUGGAGAUGGCCACCAACCAGGCCGAUGUCCUGGUGGAUGUGGAGUGUGAUCCUCGCCGACUCGACCAGGUGGUCAAAAUGCUCAACCGGGAGGUGGCCUGUGUGAACUACACGUCCGUCAACACACAGGGUUUGGCCAGGGCUCCUUCGCUAUCAGCCUGCUCCAGCUUUGAUUUUGGGGACAUGGUUUGGUUUCCGCGAAAGAUUUCCGACCUGGACAAGGCUCAGAAUGUCCUUAUGUACGGCUCGGAGUUGGAUGCCGACCAUCCAGGAUUCAAGGACCCUGUUUACCGCAAACGAAGGGAGCAAUUCUCGGCCAUAGCCAACAACUUUAAGCAUGGCAAUCCCAUUCCACGUGUGCAAUACACACCUGAGGAAGUGAAAACUUGGGGCACCGUUUUCUUGGAGCUGCACCGUCUUUACGUGUUGCAUGCCGUGCCGGAGUAUAUGGAUAACUGGCCGGAGUUGGAGAAGUACUGUGGCUACCGCGAGGACAAUGUGCCCCAGUUGCAGGAUGUGAGCGUUUACCUCAAGCGCAAGACAGGAUUUCAACUUCGACCCGUGGCCGGGUAUUUAUCUCCACGGGAUUUUCUAUCGGGACUCGCCUUUCGCGUCUUCCACUGCACCCAGUACAUCCGCCACUCCUCGGAUCCCUUCUACACUCCCGAACCGGACUGUUGCCACGAGCUACUGGGCCACAUGCCCCUGCUGGCCAACUCGAGUUUUGCCCAAUUUUCGCAGGAGAUUGGCUUGGCCUCUUUGGGAGCGAGUGACGCCGAUAUCGAGAAGUUGGCCACGCUCUAUUUCUUUACAGUGGAAUUUGGUUUGUGUAAGCAGGCGGACAGCACUUUUAAGGUUUAUGGAGCAGGAUUGCUAAGCUCUGUGGCUGAACUGCAGCAUGCGAUUACGUCGGAGAAAAAGAUUAAGAAGUUCGAUCCGGAGCUGACUUGCCAAGAAGAGUGCAUCAUCACCUCCUACCAGAAUGCCUACUACUACACCGACUCCUUCGAAGAGGCCAAGGAGCAGAUGAGGGCUUUUGCCGAGAGCAUCCAGCGACCAUUUGGAGUGCGCUAUAACCCAUAUACAAUGAGUGUUGAGGUGCUGUCGAAUGCCCAGAAAAUCACUGCAGUGGUCAGUGAACUCAGAGGGGAUCUCAGCAUCGUCUGUUCGGCCCUGCGAAAGAUCUCCGCCACGGAUGAGAACCUGGAUGUGGACAGCAUCGCCAAUAUGCUCCACAAUAGCCUCAAUGUGAGAGGUGGAGCUUCGGGAGGCGGCGGAAGUCCUUGCAGUCCGGAUAAUUCUGACAACUCAACGGCAGAGGGUGACUAGGAACGGAAAUGGAUAUUAGAUCAACAUAUUGGGAACAGAUUUUUGGGACCACUUUGGCAGUAUAAUUCACUUAGCAAAUAUACAUCUUUAAAUAGUCUUCUUAGUAAAAAUAAUAAUUGACGGUACUUUACGACCAUUAUCUAUUCGAUAAUGGACAACACUCGAUAAAAUAUUCCUAUUUUGAAGUAAAGUAAAAGAAACCUUAUUGCGCGGUUAUUUUAAAAGAUUAAAAAGUUAUAAUACAUUAGCAACCAAUUAUUUAUUUGAACACAUUCAGUUAACGUAAAUUUUCAUAGUAUUUCAUCAGCAAAAUCUGUUCAGCAAUCAAAAAAAAGUAAUUAUACUUCUUGAUAGUACAAUUUAUGAAACACCUAAUAAAUAUUCA